ACUGCCGGAAAUCGUAGUAUCCAUAGAGACGCUGUCGGAAGUUGAGGUUGCUAGGAGGCCUAGGCGCGUCCAUUGAACUGCGUAAUGGAGAAAGUCCCAGAAGAUUAUGAUUCUAGUCCUGAUGAAAAUGAGAAGUCAGAGCCUGAGAGGCCUGAACUUCGUAAAUUGUCUGAAAAUGCCGAACCAGACACCAAGACAGAGGCAGGCUACGAGCUAUCCCCAGAAAAUGACCAAGUGCCACUGCCACUAGAAACUGAGAAAGAGGAAGAGUCAGAGAUUGCAAAGAAUGUGCAGCCAAAACCAACCUGGACGUCUGAGGAAGAAAUUCCUAAGGAGAUCGAGGUAGAGCCAUCUAGCCAGACUGAUUUAGGGAUUCCCCAAGUGUUAAAGUCAGAGUCAUUGAGAGAGAUGGGAGACGAGCUUUACAAGGAUUUGGAGGCACCAGACCUAGAGCCACAAGAAGACGCUAAAUCAGAUGUUACAGAGGAUGUACUCACAGAAUCAGCUUCAGAAAUAGAUAUUCAGUUACCAGCGGAAACCAAGUCUGAGGUUCCGGGGACCACAAUCAAUAUGACAGGAUUAGAGUUACUAAAGGAGUCUGAACAGGAGGUUCCAGAGGAAUCACUUAGAGAGCAGAAGAAGGAAACAGAUCUAGAACCUCCAGAGCAGUCCAAACUAGAUUUUUCAAAUGAGAAACCAAAGAAAUCAGUUGAAGAGACAGAUCUACAGCCAACAAAGAUGACCAAACCAGAGAUUCCAGAGGAGACACAAAGAAAGUCAACUGAGCAGACUAAACCAGAGUUUCCAGACCAGAAAUCAAGAAAGUCUACUGAGGAAGCAAAUCUAAAACCUCCAGAAGAGACUAAACUAGAGGUUCCAGAAGAGAUGCAACAAAUGUCAACUGAGGAGAAAGUUCCAGAGCGACUAGACGAGGUCAAAUCUGAGCUUCCUGAGGAAGAAUUAAGAAAAACAAAUAAUGAAACAAAUCUAAAGCCAUCAGAAAAGACUACAUCACAAGUUCCUAAGGAAACAAAAAGAAAGUCAACUGAGGAAAAGAUUCCAGAGACAGCAGAAGAGACUGGUCUAGUAUUACAACAUGAGACCAAACCUAAAGUUCAAGACAAGACACAAAUGGAGCCAACUGAGGAGGAAAAUCUAAAGUUACCAGAUGAAAUCAAACCAAGAGAGAAACAUACAGAAUUAUUCAAGGAAGAAGAGCCAGCACCAAUCAAAUCUAAGUAUUCUAUGGAUAAGGAUCAGCUAGAAUACCCCAAGUUUCAAACCAUAAAAGUGUCAGUAGAAGAAACUGACACAACUUUUAAAAAAGACUAUGCAUCUAGACCUCUCAUACAAAGUGAAAUGGAAUCAACUAGUACAAAUUAUGAGUAUCUCUCAAAACUUCCAAAACUGCUUCAYCUUGUUGAUAUCUUAGACCUCCCAGAGACUCAGACAGGCUUAAGAAAGGCCUUUAGUGAAAAGAAAAUUACAGAUUCAGGCCAAGAAUUGAAAGAAACAGCACCUAAAGAUAAAACAUCCCAGCCAAAAAAAAAGGAAACUGCAUUACAAUUCGAAUAUCUUAAAUGGAGCCCAGAGAAAGUUGCAGAAUGGAUUAGCCAGCUAGGCUUCCCUCAAUACAAGGAGUGUUUUACCACAAACUUCAUUAGUGGCCGAAAACUCAUCCAUGUAAAUUGCUCAAACCUCCCUCAGAUGGGGAUAACAGAUUUUGAGGACAUGAAGGUGAUUUCUCAGCAUACACGGGAGCUACUGGGAAUUGAAGAGCCAUUAUUCAGCCGCUCCAUCAGGCUUCCCGCUCGGGACAACAUUGGCCUAUUUUUAGAGCAAAAAGGUCAUACUGGGGUAAAAUCUGACUCCUUGACCUUCUCUGAAUUUGUCAAAACAAGAAGAUUAUGUGAUUAUGAUCCAGAAAUAACUGCCUCUGAAGAGAAUAAGGCUGUUAACAUUGUACGUAACUAUAGAAGAAAGGUAUUUCACUCACAUUGAAAGAUCAGACAUAAUUACUUAGGAGAAGAGGUGUGGCCUUUUUUAUUUUUCUUCUCUUCUUUUUCAUUAAGGAUCAGAGUCAGAACUGCUGGCUCCAUUCCUAGGUCUUCUGUGAUUCCCAGCACCUUCCCUUUAUUUGUGUUUCAAUUUAGCCCCUCCUUA